AUGUCGAGUCUGCACAAGAGCCGGAUUGCAGAUUUCCAGGAUGUCCUGAAGGAGCCCACAAUUGCCUUGGAAAAGCUUCGGGAACUCAGUUUUAGUGGCAUCCCCUGUGAGGGCGGACUGCGGUGCCUCUGCUGGAAGAUUCUCUUGAACUACCUCCCUUUGGAGAGAGCCUCAUGGACCUCCAUCCUGGCCAAGCAGAGGGAGCUGUAUUCUCAGUUCCUGAGGGAAAUGAUCAUCCAGCCUGGCAUCGCCAAGGCCAACAUGGGCGUGUCCAGGGAGGAUGUGACCUUUGAGGACCAUCCUCUGAACCCCAACCCCGACAGCCGGUGGAACACAUACUUCAGGGACAAUGAGGUGCUGCUGCAGAUCGACAAAGAUGUCCGGAGGCUGUGUCCAGACAUAUCCUUCUUCCAGAGGGCCACCGAGUACCCCUGCCUCCUCAUCCUGGAUCCCCAGAACGAGUUCGAGACCCUUCGUAAGCGGGUGGAGCAGACGACCCUGAAAUCCCAGACGGUGGCUCGGAACCGGAGCGGCGUCACAAAUAUGAGCUCCCCACAGAAGAACCCAGCGCCCUCCAUGAACGAGUACGUGGUGCUGCCCAACGGCUGUGAGGCCCACUGGGAGGUGGUAGAGCGGAUCCUGUUCAUCUACGCCAAGCUCAACCCCGGCAUCGCUUACGUGCAGGGCAUGAACGAGAUCGUGGGCCCCCUCUACUACACCUUUGCCACCGACCCCAGCAGCGAGUGGAGAGAGCAUGCUGAGGCAGAUACCUUUUUCUGCUUCACCAACCUCAUGGCUGAGAUCCGGGACAACUUCAUCAAGAGCCUUGACGACUCACAGUGUGGCAUCACCUACAAGAUGGAAAAGGUGUACUCCACCCUGAAGGAUAAGGACGUGGAACUCUACCUGAAACUGCAAGAGCAGAACAUCAAGCCCCAGUUCUUCGCCUUCCGCUGGCUUACCCUGCUGCUGUCCCAGGAGUUCGUGCUGCCUGACGUCAUCCGGAUCUGGGACUCCCUCUUUGCCGACAGCAACCGCUUUGACUUCCUCCUCCUGGUCUGCUGCGCCAUGCUUAUACUGAUUCGGGAGCAGUUGCUGGAAGGGGACUUUACUGUAAACAUGCGACUCCUGCAGGAUUACCCCAUCACAGAUGUCUGCCAGGUCCUUCAGAAAGCCAAGGAACUCCAAGACUCACAGUAG